AUGCGUACUUUUAAUAUGUAUUCACUUUCUCUCAUCGCCAUCUUCAUGAUUGAUCAAAUCAUGAGCAAUCCUAUGACAAUGAGUAACUGUGUUCUUUGGGCAGAUCCUCAUCUACUGAAAUUUGCUGCCCAUCCAAGCUUAUCAGAUAGACGUCCAUCUUUCUACUGUCAAUCAGCGGGUCCCAUGCUUGUGUUAAAGAAUCGUUACAUUGAAAUCACUGUCAAUGUUACUGAUCGUCCAUUUUGGAAUGAAAAUUUUGAACUCAAACUAUUCGCUGGACCUGACACUCUGUGUACCGUAAGUCCACAAAACUUUCAAUGCUCUGAUCAAAACUUUUUGAGAGUGAAAAGAAUCCAUUCGACAAUGGUGAUCAAAUAUGAUGAGGCCGAUGAUCUCAGUGUUACUAUCUAUUCCAAUAUAAUUAACGGCAGAAAUACUUAUGAUAUACAUGUUUCACAAUCAUUUAACUUAAUUCGGCAAUCGUAUGGUCUUUGUGUUAACGAAGAUCCUGCAUGUGAAUUGGAGAAUGCGCCUAAUCCUGCGGGAAAACGUAAACGAAGUUUGAAUGACGAAACCGCUAUGAAAGUAUGCGAUGUAUACAUGCAAGAAGCGUAUACAACUGCGAAAAAAGAACUAGGAAAUGCGUCUAGUCCAUUGAAUGAAUAUGCUCGUACAGCUUGUAUCAAUGACGUAUCAUUAACAGGCAAUCGAGAGUGGGGACGAAGUUCAAUUAGUUUCGUAGCUAUGGAAGCUUUGAGACGUAGUGGAUUGGUAGGCAAAGAACGUGAACGAAAACUCGAAUCAGUUGUGUAUGCUGUGAAAAACGCUAUUUCUCGUGGUGACGAAAGUUCGUGCCUUCCUGGUGUGUCCUGUACGCCACGAAACCCUGCUGGAACUUUUUCAUAG